CCUCUGACUACGUGAGAAAGGAGGACGGAAAAACCCAAAACCUCUAGAAAUCGACAGCCAUUCUCGGAAAUGGGAAAGCAGAAAACCCAGCAACCAUCACCAUCUUCCGACAAUCUCCUCGCGACCUUAGGAGACUUCACCAGCAAAGAAAACUGGGAUAGCUUCUUCACCAUCCAAGGCAACGAUGACUCUUUCGAGUGGUACGCCGAGUGGGAUCAGCUCCGCGACUUGCUGCUCCCCCUUCUUCAGCAACCUUCUUCUUGCCAAAUCUUGGUUCCUGGUUGCGGGAACUCCCGCCUCUCCGAGCACCUCUACGAUGCCGGCUUUCACUCCAUCACCAACGUCGACUUCUCUAAGGUCGUCAUCUCCGACAUGCUUCGCCGCAAUGUCAGGGACCGUCCCCACAUGCGCUGGCGCGUUAUGGACAUGACACAACUGCAGUUCACCGAUGAGACAUUUGAUGCUGUUCUUGACAAAGGAGGAUUGGAUGCAUUGAUGGAGCCAAAGCUAGGACCUAAGCUUGGAAAUCAAUACUUAUCUGAGGUGAAAAGAGUUUUGAGAUCUGGAGGGAAAUUCAUUUGUCUAACCUUGGCAGAAUCUCAUGUUCUAGGUUUGCUAUUCCCGAAGUUUCGGUUUGGGUGGAAUGUGAGUGUUCAUGCUAUACCUGUGAAAUUGUCCAGCAAGCCAAACCUCAAAACCUUUAUGGUUGUUGCUGAGAAAGAGAGUUCCUCUGUUUUGCACCAGAUAACAUCAUAUUUCAAUUAUUCUUCCCUUGAUUGCAGUCAAGAUCAGGCUUUUGGUCUUCAAGAAGCACUUAAUAAUGAGAAUCAAAUUCGUAAAGAGUACCUGGAUGGCUCUGAUAUACCGUACUCUCUUGAAGAUCUGCAAUUAGGAGCCAAAGGGGACCUGACAAAACUGACCCCAGGUCGUCAAGUUCAGCUUACAUUGGGUGGACAGGGGGCCUCUCAGUAUACUUACAGAGCCUUAUUGUUUGAUGCCAAAGAACACUGUGGUCCAUUCUCAUAUCACUAUGGGGUCUUUAUUGUGCCUAAGACUCGGACUCAUGAAUGGCUCUUCUCUUCAGAGGAAGGACAAUGGCAAGUGGUUGAAAGAUCAAAGGCUGCUCGUCUAAUGAUGGUUUUAUUGGACAUGAUCCACACUAAAGCUGCCAUGGAAGAUAUUCAGAAGGAUUUGUCUCCUCUGGUCAAACAAUUGGCACCUGCAGGCAAUGAUAAUGGAGCCCAAAUUCCGUUUAUGAUGGCCAGUGAUGGGAUCAAGCAGCGGAAUAUUGUUUAUGAGGUUACAUCUUCCUUUACAGGGCCAAUUGUAGUUGAAGAUGUCAUUUAUGAAAAUAUUGAUGAUGAUAUAAAUCGCAUUUUUUCAUCUAGAGAUUUGACAUUUCGUCGCCUUAUUUUUCAAAGAACUGAGGGCCUGGUACAAUCUGAAGCUCUUUUAACUAGGGAUGAAUCUCCUAACAAAAUUGUUGGUGGAGUAGAGAAGAGGGCUGGUUUAUCUUCCAAAUCCAGAAGAAAGGGAACACAAAGGAGAAACAAUGAUUCAGGCAGUCCGAUGACGGUUUAUCAUGGUUACUUGGCUAGUUCUUAUCACACUGGGAUAAUUUCUGGAUUUACACUGAUUUCAUCCCAUCUGGAAAGUGUAUCAUCAAGCGGAAAUGAAGUAAAAGCAGUUGUAAUAGGUCUUGGUGCUGGCUUACUACCUAUGUUUCUUCAUGGAAGUAUACCAUUUCUGCAAACUGAGGUUGUGGAGCUAGAUCCUAUGAUGCUUAAUAUAGCUAGAGACUACUUUGGUUUUACACAAGAUAAACGUUUGAAGGUACAUAUUGCUGAUGGGAUCCAGUUUGUCAAAGAGUAUAAAAACUCAUUUCCUGCAGCUAGCAUGUCAGGUCACAGAAAUGAGGAUGGAGUGCCUCCUUCUUCAGAUGGAAGUUGCAUUUUGUCUCAUGCAGAUAGCAGAGAAAGUACCAUGAUUGACAUUCUCAUUGUUGAUGUGGAUUCCUCAGAUUCAAGCUCUGGAAUGACCUGCCCAGCUGCAGAUUUUGUGGAAGAGUCUUUCCUUCUAAUUGUAAAAGACACACUUUCUGAGAAAGGUCUUUUUGUUGUUAAUUUGGUAACGAGGUCAUCAGCUGUUAAAGAGAUGGUCAUUUCAAGGAUGAAAAUGGUUUUCAACCACCUUUUUUGCCUUCAACUAGAGGAAGAUGUAAACCUGGUACUGUUUGGUCUUUGUUCGGGGUCUUUUAUCAAGGAUGAUAGCAUCCCUCGAGGUGUCCUGCAACUGGAUAAGUUGUUAAAGUUCAAACAUCCUGAGAUCCGCCAAAGCAUCCGAGAUGCAGCAAAGAAGAUCCAAUGUUUGAAGUGAGACACCUGAAACAGCUUCACAGCUGAUAUUUACUCAAGUCAGUGAAGCCGUUAUUGCAUCAAAGUUUGGUUGAUUGGAGAUUGGCAACAUGGCAGCACAGAAAUUUGAAUGUAUCUACACCGGAUUCCUAUAUAGGUCUUUUCUCUGCUUACCCUUCCAACCGAACAUCUGUUUUCAGAUUGAUCAUUGUGCAAUGUGUACGCUUGAGACAAAAUGAAACCGUCUGGGAAGCAUAGUAAUUUUUGGGGCAUCUUUUUAGAAUUUUGAUACUGACACUUAUCCUUCAUUAUGUAAUGUAAGCAAGUUAUUGUUGCGAGUAAUAUUAGUAGGAUCUCACAAUGGAUCCUGUUUUGUAUUCUCUGUAAUGUGUUCUCUCAACUUGAUUCAUUUUGGAUCCUUCUUCUAAUAUAUUUUCUCUGCCAAU